AUGGCUAGUGAGGAGAGUUUCGUAGUGUUGGUUCCCCACAGAGGAUUCAUUAAGAGGAAAACUCGUUCCAGUGUGAAGUUCACUGAUAAGGAUCUUCUCUGUAUGAUCGUCAGGCCUACGACGGGGUAUGAGGACCUUGUUAGCUCUGUACUGUUGAAACUUGGUCUCGAAGGUGUGAAACGGGUUAAGAAAUUUUUCUAUCGCAUUCCAAUCACAGUGCUUCAGGAAACCGUAGAGUAUGAUUGUUUCACGAUCGGGAGUGAUGAGGACUUGCAGGUCAUGUUUCAUUGUCGCCGGCAGUUUUCAGAGCUCGGGAAUUCGAACCGGAAUACCACCACUUUAGCCACGGUAGCCGGUUCUAGCUCCAGACAUGCCAUUGCUUCUUCCUCUGUCCUUGCGUAUGAGCCACCCGUCCAACCUGUCGCCUUCCCUUCGUUCGCUGUUGAUCUUAACGGCAGUUUAGGCGACGAGGUCGGAACAAGGGAAUUUUCGCGGACCUCUUUACAGUGUGCUGCACCGGCUGGGGUUGGAGAUGGAUUGUUGGAUGAUCCAAAGGAUGAUGAUGUCGAGCUGGAUAUGAUUACUGAUGACAGUGGCGAUGAUGUCGGAGCAAGUGAGCCUGCUAGGGCGGGCGGUGGUUCUAGCUCUGGCACACAGCAGUACCCUCCACAUUUUUUCUCUUUGGACUUGGAUGCCAUGAGGCAGGAGGAGGUUUAUGGGCAGCCGGCUGGAUUUGGCGCUAGAGAUGGUGAAGGGUCUGCAUGUAUGACAAAGUUUCAGGUUGGUCAGCAAUUUCAUGAUAAAGAAGAGGCCCUGUUAAGUGUGAAGACUUACAGCAUCUGUCGAGGGGUACAGUACAAGGUCGUGGAGUCUGACUAUCGCCGGUAUGUGGGAAAGUGUUAUGAGUUCGGGAAUGGGUGCACAUGGUUGAUUCGCCUGAGUCUCUGA